AUGGUAAGUUAUCCUCUCCAGAGGCUCGCUACCCCACUAAUGGUACUCCGCAUUUGGCACGCACACAGGUACUCUUCCUGCAGUGAUGUGACGAUGCACUCUCUCCUCAUCCACGAGUACUACGCCAGACUGGACCCCAACGCACUGUUUCUCACUCUGGACACUAGCCUCAAGGAGAACUCCCUUCAGAUUAGAGCACACGUCAAGUCAAAGAUGGGGCUGCCGGGAAAGUCGGAGGGUGUGGUUUUCUCGCCCGUCCCCUGCGAGAUUGUGAGCUACGAGCCGGAGAGAGUGGGCGUGUCAUUCCUGAAGGAAGCCGUGGAGAAGCCAGCUCCGAUACGGCACGACCUCCAACAGGUGUGUCACAUGGCGGAGUCUCUGGACCGUCUCCUGCAGCAGGCCCUGGAGUAUGUCCAGAAAGUUCUGGCUGGGAAGGUGGAAGGUAACCCCACGGCUGGUAGGGAGCUAAUGGAGGCAGUGUCCUGUAUGCCUCAGAUGGACGAGACCAAGUUCGAAUCUAUCCUCAAUUCUACCAUGCAGGAUCACCUGAUGGUCGUGUAUCUCUUUAACCUGGUGAAGACGCAGCUGGUACUGGGAGAGAAGUUGUGUAAAAUCACGUCAUAACAGCAACCCUCCUACUUGUUCCCUCAUCGCCCCUUUCCCUCCCUCCCUCUCCACCCUCACCCAUCCUUCUUGACCCACCCACCAUCUCUCUCAUCACACUCUCGUGUGGUUCACAAUAUUGUCACCUGAGAUUAUAUUGUACGGCACAAUAAUAUCGUGGGAGAGAUCCUAGCAAUUAUUUUAAGUCUGUAAGUAUCAUUAUUCUUGUCGUUACAAUCACUAUUAUUGGGGGGAAAUGUGUCACCAAGCAACGCAGGUGUUUGCAAUCACAAUCACAUACAGUAUGUGUGUGCACUUUUUGGACAAAGUUUGUUUUGUAAAAAUAAUAAAGGCGCCUGCAGCGGGUUUAUUGUGA